CUGCAGGGCUUGUUUGUGAUGAAUAAUUGACCAUGAGUUCAAUAUUUCCAAUACCAACACUGGCAAAGUACUACGAGCAAAACUAAGAAAAUCAAAUACAUCAAAGCCUUUAGAUCAGGUACUUGUGAAUGGACUUUACCUCGUAAGGAUAAUGGGAUAAAUUGCGUUAUUUUCUAUUUGUGAAUAACACAGUGAUAAAAAAUCUUAAUUGUACUUUUUAUAAACUGAAACAAUUUGAUUGAAAACAUACUGGCAAGCAAAAAUACAGUCAAAGAAAUUUUAAAACUGACACGUGCUUUAUCGCGCUGUUAACAGAAGUGAUUGAAAUACAGCAUUUGAGAAACCACUAUAACUUUAAGACUCUUUCAGAAUUGGUAAGGCAUAUCAAAGAUUAAAGAAGUAUAUGACAAGUCGGAUACAAAAUAAGCAUGACAUUUAAAUUAUUCGUCUGCAUGUUGCUUGGAUGGAUAACACUGAGUUGUGGUGAGCUAGAAGAUGUAAAAUGCACAUAUUCAGCAAACAAUGAAGAGAUUGAAGUAAUCGCAAAUUAUAGUUUAGUUGUUGAUAUAGAAAAUAAAACGAUCAAUAUGUGCUCAAAGUCUACAGCGUGUCAAUGUUAUCAAAAUAUAUUCACUGACGAUACAUUUCGAGAAAUAAAGCCAAUAGCGGUACAAGAGGGAGUAUCUGUAAAUAUAACAACACACAAUGGAAGAACAGUGCACUUUUACAGAAGAACAGCAGAGCAGUUUACGUCUUGUACCUUCAACAACAACGCAACAUUGCCAGAUUUCAACAUAUCCACUGAUGUUUAUCAAAUACCACCGGAACUGUUAAACAUUGGAUCUAACUUAUUUAUCUGUGAUGAUCCCCAUGAUUCCAACAUGACAUGCCACAAAGGUUGCCGCUUGAAUAUUACAGUUAAAGAGAAUACAUGUCAGGAGAACACCUCACAGAUCGUCUGUAGCGGAAAUGGUCGAUGUACAUCUGCAUUUAACGAGAAGACAUUUACUUGCAAAUGUUUCGACGGUUUCGGCGGAAAGAUGUGUGAUUUAAUUUACACAGACGACAAUAUUUCAUCAGUUUGCGAGGACAAUAAAUGUAGAAAUGGCGGGACAUGUGUCACGGAAACAUCUGAGAAAUUGUCUAUUAACAUAUCAACAUGGAAAUGCGAAUGUCCACCUUAUGUUACUGGGGAAUACUGUGAGACAAUUUUAAAUCAAUGUAAAUCCAGUCCUUGUGUAAACGGUGUUUGCGUGGAGCAUGCGGAAGGAUUUCAGUGCUACUGUGUCCCUGGUUUCCAUGGUAAAAACUGCGAACUAGAGUACAACGAAUGUUUGAGCAACCCGUGUUCUAACCGAGGUACAUGUAUCGACAGGGUUGACAGAUUCGAAUGCGUUUGUUCUGUUGGGUAUAGAGGAAUCACGUGUCAAGAUAAGAUUGAUAUGUGCCAACCAAAUCCCUGUCACGCGAACUCUACAUGUGCUACCAUUGGUGAUGUGUUCAAGUGUACUUGCCUAAACGGAUUUACAGGGAAUCUGUGUGAUGAAAGGAUGAAGUCGUGUUCUUCUAGUCCGUGUAAGAAUCAUGGUACCUGUAUCGACUUUGAAAAUGGUUACCAGUGUAUGUGUCCAGUUACAUUUGCAGGACUACAUUGCGAGUAUAUGAUGGAUGUGUUCGCUCCGCCGAUGGAGGGAGCGGAGCUAUCCGGUGAAUCACAUAAACACAACAUGUAUAUUGUUGCAGCUACUCUGGGAAGUAUGUUGCUCAUAGUAGUGUCUGUAAUAAUUGCCUGUUACUGUAAAAUUUACGAGACGUAUAAACAACUUAUGUGGAAACGUUUACGAUACCACCGGGAACGAUCAAACUCCUGUCCGGACUUGGAAACAUGCAACGAACCAAACUAUAUCGGUAAACAUCGACUGAGUGCUGAUGCUAUCUUGGAGGCAACCAGUCUAUGCCAUGAGAACGCAGCGUUUGAACAUUCCAGUAACCACCAGGCAUUCACAUCAAUGCAGAUAUGAAUAACAGAACGUAAAAACACGUGGUAUAAACUUACAUUCUUUUAAAGAUUCAACAUCGGGACCAUUUUGAUAUUCGUGGUGCGAUAUAAACAUUAUUGGAUAUUUCACUUCAGUGGACUUAAGCAGGAAAAUGCUUCAGUUUUUUUCGUUUUUCCCAUACAGGUCUUUUGUAGAGCGAAAUCAUGUCGGGAAGCCAGAAUGGUGUCCGCUACAAACGUUUACGAAAACUGCAGAGUGUAGCGAAAUGUGACACCAGAGUAUUAUAUUAUUUGUUUACAAAUGAGGCACAUCCUGUUUUUAAACCAUUCCAUCUCUACUAAAAAAUAUACAUCCACAAAACAUCCACUUUUUCCACUCCUAUAAGACCUCUGAUAUUGUAAACAAAUAAAUGUAUAUUAAGACGACCUCCGUGGUUUAGUUUGCUGACUGAAAAUCGCUAACUCCUGAAAGAUGUGUGUUCAAGCCUCUCUUGUGAAGUAAAGUUCUUCAUAUGAAGAAGCAAUAUUGCUGUGUAAACGAAUGUCGUAGGCUCUACCCAGUUGCCCGCACGUGAUAAAAUUAUGGCUCGAUGGGUCUUCCUUAACUAUGAAAAACUGUUCGUGUGUUAGUGUGGAUUUAAUCAAAUAGAUAAAUAAAUAUGUAUAACAUACAAAAGGAGACAGCAUACUACACACUAUAUGUUUCUUUGUUUUCAGAUCAUUAUGUAAAUAUGACAUACACGUGUGCGUACAUUAAAUGAAUAGUUUCAUGAUUUGCUGUGUAAAACGUAAUUGCAAAGAAAAAAUAAACUUGAACUGAUCAGUCA